CCGCGCGCGCACGCGCCGUAGACAGCCCUCAGCUCGAGCCGUGAAGACGCAGCCUCGCAGCUUUUCAGCGGCAGCUCCGGUGUUCGCUUUAACUCUUUCACAGAGGGAGCUCCGGCUACAGUGUAAGCCUUAUUAAACACUCAACUCGAGAUCCGGGAGCUGCUCAAGUCCGCGAGCGAAGUAACGGAGAGAAGUAGCCUGUCGAGGGAAAGGACAGCAGGUCGGCUCCUGGUGCUGUUGCUGGAGCAGAAACGCAUAUUUCAGGUGUCAGCUCCACUUCUCGUGGGCUACUUUACCCCAGCAUCUCACCGCCGGACGGAAGACAGCCGCGUAGCACUGAGCGAGAGUCGAAAGGGAAACCGAGUUGGACGUUUGUUUUCUUCACCAAGAAGAUGGCAUCAAGUGACUCGCGGCUGCAGCAGCAGCCCUCCCAGAAGGAUGCGGCCGAUCAGAACUUUGAUUACAUGUUCAAGCUGCUGAUCAUUGGUAACAGCAGCGUGGGCAAAACCUCCUUCCUGUUCCGCUACGCAGACGACUCCUUCACCUCCGCCUUCGUCAGCACCGUGGGCAUUGACUUCAAGGUCAAGACUGUUUUCCGCAAUGACAAGAGGAUCAAGCUGCAGAUCUGGGAUACAGCAGGGCAAGAGCGCUACCGUACCAUCACCACAGCCUACUACAGAGGAGCCAUGGGCUUCCUGCUCAUGUAUGACAUCACUAACCAGGACUCCUUCAACGCAGUACAGGACUGGGCGACGCAGAUCAAGACUUACUCUUGGGACAAUGCUCAGGUGAUCCUAGUUGGUAACAAGUGUGACCUGGAGGACGAUAGGCUCAUACCCACAGAGGACGGCCAGCGAUUGGCAGAGGAACUAGGUUUCCAGUUCUUCGAGGCCAGCGCUAAGGACAACAUCAACGUGAAGCAGGUGUUUGAGCGUCUGGUGGACGUCAUCUGUGAGAAGAUGAACGAGAGCAUGGAGGGAGACAUCAACCUUGUAACCAAUCACAGGAACCAGGGCCUUAAAGACUCGCCUUCAGAGAGCAACGGGGGCUGUGCUUGCUAAACCAUCUGCCUGAUUACCAAGACCGCCAACACACACACACACACACACACACACACACACACACACACACACACACACACACACACACACUGAUAGUCAUACAUAAAGACCAAAUCCUUCUCUGUGCCUAAACCAUGGAAAGUGCCACACCUCUUCCUCAUUCUACACUCCAGCAAUGCCCAACUCUGCUUUGCCCACACUGCAACCAAAGGACUCUCUAGCUGAGAUAAUCUUCAUCAGUGCUGUCAGAACUCUCUCCACUCCAGGCCUGUCUCUCUGUCUUUUCCCCUUAGUGGACCACUCUGUCUCUUUCCAUCUCUGUGGUCUGUUUCUUGAUUCAGAAAGGGAUUUAUGUUAAAUAGAGGGAAAAUAUCACAGCAGCUUCCAAAAUGACAGUUCAGAGAGUGUUGUGCAUAUUGUAAUCAUAACUAGGAUGCUUCAUGCUCAUGGCUGAUUGAAGGAGAGAAGAAUGAAUCACUUUUCAACAGACUACUUGAAAUGAUGUAUGUCUCAAACAAGGGCAUACUGAGCUUUGCAAGGCUCAAAGCGUGCUAAGCUCAUUUUAAACAGCCAGGAAAUAUUCCUCAUCUUGACCUGACUCUUAAUGCCAGUUCUGCGCUGCCCUUUGCCUCCCUCGGUGCUUCUCUAAGGUUUUUAAAGCCUUUUCUUGUGCCCUAAUGCUGAGACAGCAGGAGGGUUGUGGUAAUGGUAAACGUUGAGCUCUGUCCUCUUUGCUGUGCAAGCGUGCUCGUGUGAGGAAGUCGUUGGUGACACUUUGUCACCUGUCACAUGACCUGCCUCAUGGCAUGUCCUCUCUCACCCCUUUGUGCCACUCUUUCUUUAACGCCUUUUCUCACACACACACCCAUGCUUUACCGUUACACACACACACACACACACAUGCUGCUCCCUUACUGCAGCAUGGCAAAACAGUUGGUCUGGCAAACCUGCUAAUCUUAAUAACGGAGUAUUUACAAAGUGGUGAACAUUCUGUCUUAUUUUUUUUUUGUUUGUUUGUUACUGACAUUGUGACUGUUUUGUGGAAAUGCAGCAAAGUCUGUGUGUGUAUACUCAGAAAGGGAAGAACACGGCUCUCUGAGAAGAAUAAGUCUAGUCAACUGUGAUGUUGCUACUAUCAGGAAAAGCAAUGUGCGGGAGCAGAAUGUUAGAUAAAAGGGCCCCUGUCACUUUAUAUCCCAUUACUGUAAUAUCUCAGCUUGUCAUUGAAGUGAAUAAAUAGGGUUUUAUCCACAUUGUUAUGUUUGCCAUCAGUUAAACUGUACUUUUUUUGUUCCAUUAUUCCAUUUUUUUGAUAUUUAAGCAUUGAACUGUCAACCUCCCCCUGCUGAAAACUGAUGAAAUUGUGUUUGAAAGUAGCCUACCUGAAAGUGUCUUAGAACUGUACGACGAAUCAGGAAUGAAAAAAAAUACAUUGGUAUUUUUUUACUAUUAUUAUUUGUUAAUUGUGCCAUUCCACCAUCACUGUCCACAUGCUGACUACUGACAGUUAGUCGGUUAGUGUCAACCCUAACCUCUGCACCAUGAUAGCAACCUCACGUUCCCAACAUCACACCCUGUCGUUGCUCUGCACAGCCUGGAGGGGUUGGUUCACAACAGGUGGCCAGCUCACUCCUUGCUGCUGUAUGAGCCUAUGGUCAUCUCUCCUGUAUGUGUGUGCUGCUGAACAGUGAUAUAGUUUUACAGAUAGCUGAUAUUAUCAUCUCAUUUGUACCACACUGAGCUUUCAGCAGGGGUUUAACAUAAGGAGGCUGGACAAGGUAGCUGACUCAUAACACUACAUUUGUAUUACAACAUGUGCAUAAUGCACUUUGCAGUUUUGCAAUAUAUUUAAAUGGAAUGCAUCAGAGAGCAUAAUAAUAGCUGUAAUGGUUUCACUAAAGGAGCUUACAAUGGCGGCUGCUGCUUGAAUACAUAUUGAAUGUGCUAGACUUGUACUCGGCACUAUUGUGCUAAACUGUCCACUGAUAUUGACUUUUUAACCACUGACUCUGAUGCUUUUGUACAAAUAAGUCUGUAGCAUUCGGAGCUGUUAGUCUGGGCUGUGCGCUUUCUUUCUCAUGAUCUAUUUGUUUUCACGUGUUGCAUUCCUGAUUGGUCGCUUUCUAAAAGAGGGGACAUCAGAUUAUUUGAUCCCUUUAUUUUAGGUUCUGUAUGUGUUGGAUGGAAGCAUUGUAAAAAAAUAAAAUAAAAUAAAAGCAUCAUCUUAUAAACACAAAUAAAUUGAAUAUGUUGAAGAAUGUGUAUAUGAAAAUAAAGAAUAUAUUCAUUACAAACGA